AUGCCUAUUAUAAAAAGUGAAGGGACGAGGCGAAGAGCGGGAGCGACGCGGGUGUUCGCUACUCGGCACUGUGUCUUCAGCCUCCGAGCUGUACACACGAGCUCGCAGGAGGCUCCGUUAUUCGCGUGUAAUCCGUUGGCCCCCGCGGCCGCCAAAGGCUCGAAACUGUGGUCUAGUGCGGUCAAGGCGUUCAAACUCGUAAGACGCGACUCCGCCUCGAGAGACUCGGAAGCGAGGUCUCCGAACCAGUCAGUGUCGAGCGAGGAGAAACGGCGUAGAUGGUCCUUACCGUCGAAAGUCACCGAACUGAUACCUAAGAAAAAAUCAACGGAAAGGCAUUCAACGAAGUAUCGUGGCAUUCAAGAAGGUACCGAGAACUUAGCCUCCGAGGAAGAACCAGUGAAACCCCCUAGCUUAGUAAAAUCCCAAAAAACUCAUACACUGUUACAGCAACCGCGUGAACCAAAACCACCCCACGCAGAAGCUCAACAACAUUCGCAAGAGGUACAAGAUAAGAAGCAAAAUCAGCGAUCUCUAGACCGAGGCACUUUACAACGACACAAACAACAAGAACAACGCGUACAAACGCAACAAGAGCAAAAAGGACAACGACAGGUAACACCGAAGCAACAACAGGCACAGGAACCCUUUACUAGGACUUCCGACUGGGACGAAAUAAGAACGCCAGAAGGACGGAUCAUUCCCACAUUUCAGGGCGAGCCGAGACCACCACAGCCCAAGAAUAAGGAACCACGACUUCUUCCAAGGCCUGAUUUUUACAUCUCAAGACACAGGGAAUUGCAUAAGGAAAGUACUGGUAGCCAAAAUUUGGACCGAGUGCCAAAAAAGCAACCUACAGCACCUCAAUUAGAUCAAAAGACACCACAAAAACAACUCAUUGAGGCCCCUAGGGGCUCACAAAGAGCUCAGCAAGUACAUAAAGAAACUAUCAGGCGGACAAUGUCUCAAAACCCGCAAAAAUAUCCAAUACGAGAUCACCAAGUCUCUCUUCCGAAUACACCUCAGAGAGGGGGCAUGCCGUUACGAGAAAUAAAAAGCACGCAAAACACUCCACUAAAAGUUCCUCAAAGCGAAUCUCGUAGACCUUCCCAAGAAUAUCAACGCAUACAUCAAGGUCAAGCUCUUGAAGUGCCACAGAGCUGGCUUUUAAUUGGCUCAUCACAAGCCGUUUCGGGAUCUGCACCGGGCCCAUCACGAAAUUAUGCACAGCAUUAUUCUGGUUCGACGCAAUAUGUCGCCGGCCCAUCUCAAGCUUCCUACCAUAAUUAUUCUGGUUCUUCGCAAAGUAUUUCUGGAACCUCCCAACCUUCAUCACAAUACUAUACUGCUACGCAACGAGGCGUUGCAUCUAAUUCGUAUAACGCUCAAGCACACUCACAAAACUCUAUGUAUAAUAUGCAAAGUCAACGAAACCCUUCACAGAGUUUUAUCGGCUCUGACGUCGGUUAUUCCCAGGCUUCUUGUCAAAUUUAUGACCAACGAUCUAUACAAGACCUGUCGGGUGUGUCACAACCAGGUCUUUCUCAAGCAGUAUCGCAUAACUUUGCGUCUACUACGCAAAUUCAACGCAACUUAGGUCCUAGUCAAGGCCCGUCGCAAAAUUUUAGGGGCUCCUCACAUUCAGAUGCGGGUCCUUCACAAGGAUCCUUUCCCAGUUAUGAACAGAGAUCUGCGCAAGAUUUAUCCACUACAUCACAUAGACUUUCCACUCAAGCUCAGACACAAAACUUUGUGCCUACGGCUCAAAGUCAACGAAGCUUGGGUCCCAGCCAAGGCCCUUCUCAGAAUUUUAAAGGUUCAUCGCAGUCAGAUGCAGGUGCUACCUCUUUUCAAAAUUAUGAUCAAAGAUCUAUACAAGACAUUUCUGCUACAUCACAGCGGGUUACUUCUCAGGUAUCAGCUCAACACCUUACGUCUGUUGCCCAAAAUCAACGGCCAUCGCAGAGUUUUAUGGACGCGUCACAGCCUGAUGGAGGCUCUAGUCAAACAACAGCGCAGUCUGCAACCUACUCACAGACUGCACCGUAUACUUUUCAACCACGACGCUCUUCGGGAUCUAACAGCCAAGGCACUACGUACAAGGUUCAAGGCCAAGCCGAGAUUAGCCCAUCGCAGAGCUCAAACCAAAACUAUGAAUCCGAAGCUAAUCAAGAUUAUUCCUACACUACUCAACGAAAUACGGCUUCUUCUCAAGAGCAAUUGAAAGGCACAGAAGUUACUACAAAAACCCCUCCUGGGAAAGCGACGGGCGGCGUCCAAGGACAAUCUCAGAAAUCUGUCUUAACUCCUCAAACUUCUACUGAAACUUUAAAGAGUGUCUCAAGUACUUCCCAAAUACAAACGGAAUCUAAAGCUAAGACUGGCUCUAUAGCAACCACUUCUGCUGCAAUUCAGGAUAUCAACAAUGUACCAGCAUUUACAGCACCUACCGUAUUUACUUCGCAGAGCCAUCCAUCCACAUCAAAUUCUGUGCCUACUUCUCAAAGCACUGCCGGACUUGCCCAGAUAGGGGGGCCUUCACAUUGUAAAGAAGGUCUCACAGCAUCUCAAAGUAUUGCUGGACCAUCGAAAGCUGAAGCGGGAAUCUCGCAAACCACGCCUAGUACUCCAAAAGCGGGACCGUCACGGGUUUUCUCUUCCUUUAAGGGGAAAGCCACAAAAACACCACCGAAGAACGUCCCCUUAAGAGAGCCACAGCAAUUAAUGUCGUCGUAUUCUCAACUUGUAUCGACCCUGCAGAAUUCUAAUCAAAUGCCGGGUAUGGUAACAUUACCACAAAUGGAGCCCAAGAAAGAAGUUCCAACCGAAGCUAAAGAGCCAUCCGGUGCACUUGCCGUACUUGCGAGCAGUAUUCCUAACGCUGCAGCUAUGUUUACAAAGAUGAAGAACACGGCCUUGCGACUUACACUCGGCUCAAACAAUGAAAAAUUAACCACUCAACCGUUAGAGUAUAACCCUAUAAUGCAGUUUUUCGAAGUUCAAGAAGAAGUUUGUAACGCUGGCCCAGGUCUCGUCUGGCGAGUACACGAUGCCCUGCGCAAAGCUGACGCCAGGGUAAGUAAUUCAAUGCUUUAA